CCUCGCCGCUGGACGCGCAAAAGUAGAGGGGGGGCGGGCAGUCCUCUGCCAACAAAACCCUGCUUGCUCUUCUCCCGAGCUGCGCAGCUGUAAAGUGAAAGCAGCUUUGUGGAGCCAACAGCCACCGUCACCUCCUCCGGCUGUUUUCUCUGCGCACAAGCACAGAAACUUUCCGGCUUUUCAGACGCAGCUGCCUUUUUUGUUUUUAAAUAUCUAUUUUUUACUAUUUGUUUUUGCCCCACUGCGUUUAAGAGGAGGGUGCGUGUGUGUGUGUGGCGCAGCGCUACAGUCAGUGCGGUGUCCGGUUACAAGCCGUGCGCCGAGGAGCCACCGGCGCACAGCGCUUCCCCACGGGGCACAAAUAGCACACGGGGCUCCGGAGGAACGAGCCAGAGCGCACAGGAAUCUCUGCAGGGAGACACGAGGAGUUUUUUUCUUUCUUUUCUUUUUUUUUUUUUUUUAACAGAGGUCGAUGUUUCUAGAGACGCACACGCAGUGAGGAUAUUCCAUGUUGCCUCACCUCACUCCUCUCAGCCGGACGAGACGCGCAGCUUCGCUCCUUGCUUCAUGAACGGGAGUUUGGCACCUCACUUGGUGUGUCCUCUUACUUUUGGCCUCUGAGGCCUAAGGAGAAGUAAGCCCAGCCCAGGCCCCCAUGGGACGCACCGUUACCCAGCAUGCACUGCUGCUGCUGCAGUGCCUGCUGGUCCUGCGCCCCGGAGGCGUGGCCAGCAGGAGAGGGCCAGUGCUUCUGCCUGAGUCGCCCUGCCACAAGUCCGAGCACCCACUCAUUCCACACUCAGAAAUGGAGCCGUGGAUGUUCAGGUUCAAAGCAGACGGCACAGUGGAUUACUCACAGUUGACCUUUGACCCUGGUCAGAACGAACUGAUCGUCGGUGCCAGAAAUCACCUCUUCAGGCUCAACUUGGAGGACCUGACACUGAUCCAGGAGGCCGAGUGGCACUGCGAUGAAUUCACCAAGGGAGCCUGCUUCAGCCGUGGAAAAUCUGAGGAGGAGUGUCAGAACUACAUCAGGGUGCUGCUGGUAAAUGGAAACCGGCUGUUUACCUGUGGAACCAACGCAUUCACACCCAUCUGCACCAACCGAACGCUGACCAACCUGACCGAGAUCCAUGAUCAGAUCAGCGGAAUGGCCCGGUGUCCCUACAAUCCUCUCCACAACUCCACCGCCCUCAUCACAUCCAACGGAGAGUUGUACGCUGCCACGGCCAUGGACUUCUCUGGGCGAGACCCCGCCAUCUACCGCAGCCUGGGCGGUAUGCCUCCACUGCGCACGGCCCAGUACAACUCCAAGUGGCUCAACGAGCCGAAUUUUGUGUCUUCCUACGACAUCGGCAACUUCACCUACUUCUUCUUCCGGGAGAACGCAGUGGAGCACGACUGUGGCAGGACGGUGUUCUCUCGGGCCGGGCGAGUCUGCAAAAACGACAUCGGCGGCCGCUUUCUCCUGGAGGACACGUGGACCACCUUCAUGAAGGCCAGACUCAACUGCUCCAGACCAGGAGAAAUUCCGUUCAACUACAACGAGCUUCAGGGCACGUUCUAUUUGCCYGAGCUGGAGCUGCUCUACGGCAUCUUUACAACCAAUGUAAACAGCAUUGCUGCGUCUGCAGUGUGUGCCUUCAAUCUCAGUGCCAUAUCGCAGGUUUUCAACGGGCCCUUUAAGUUCCAGGAGAACUCACGSUCUGCUUGGCUGCCGUACCCCAAUCCAAACCCUGACUUUCAGUGUGGCACCAUCAACUCYGGCUCCUAUGUGAAUCUGACCCAGCGGAACCUGCAGGACGCUCAGAAGUUUUUGCUGAUGCAUGAGGUGGUCCAGCCCGUGGUGCCGGUGCCGUACUUCAUGGAGGACAACGUUCGCUUCACUCACAUCGCAGUGGAUGUGGUGCAGGGCAAGGACAGGCUGUUCCACAUCAUUUACUUGGCCACCGAUUAUGGCACUAUUAGGAAAGUGCUGUCUCCUCUAAACCAGUCCACCGGGAGCUGCCUAUUGGAGGAGAUCGAGUUGUUCCCGCCCAGGAAGAGGCAGCCGAUUCGAAGCCUGCUGAUCCUGCACAGCCGCAGCGAGCUCUAUGUGGGCGUAAGAGACCAGGUCAUCAAGAUCCCACUCAAGAGAUGCAGCUACCACAAAAGCAGAGAAGCCUGCGUAGGAGCCAGGGACCCGUACUGUGGUUGGGAUCUGUUGCUAAAGAAAUGCACUACCCUGGAGGACAGUGUCAGAAUGAGCCAGUGGGAGCAGAGCAUUACAAAGUGUCCUGUUCGAAAUGUCACAGUGGAUGGAGGUUUUGGGGCCUGGUCCGGCUGGUCCACCUGUAGUCACAACGAUGGAGACAGCGCCAGUUCCUGUCUGUGUCGGACCCGAGCCUGCGAUAACCCCGCCCCUCAGUGUGGGGGCCAGUUGUGCUACGGGAUCAGUGUUGAAGUUGCCAACUGCUCCAGAAACGGAGCGUGGACUCCCUGGACGUCCUGGUCUCCCUGCAGCACCAGCUGUGGAAUCGGCUUCCAGGUGCGUCAGCGCUCCUGCAGCAACCCAACUCCUCGCCACGGAGGACGGGUGUGUGUGGGCCAGAACCGAGAGGAGAGGUACUGUAACGAACACCUGCCCUGCCCGCCACAUGUUUACUGGUCGGCCUGGUCGGCAUGGGAACGCUGCAACGUGCCCUGCGGCGGAGGCAUUCAGUCGCGACGCAGAACCUGUGAGAACGGUAACUACUGUCCAGGGUGUGGUCAGGAGUAUCAGCCGUGCAACACCCUGCCGUGCCCUGACCUCAAGAAGACCACGCCGUGGACUCCCUGGACACCCGUCAACAUCUCUGACAACGGUGGCCACUACGAGCAGCGCUUCCGCUACACCUGCAAAGCUCGAAUCCCCGACCCCAGCCUGCUGGAAGUGGGGAGGCAGAGGAUCGAGAUGCGCUACUGCUCCAGCGACGGCUCCACGGGCUGCUCCACCGAUGGUGAGGUGCUUCGUCUGGGGAGGAUCUCAGGCCACACGGUGAACGGUGGCUGGUCAGCCUGGAGCUCCUGGUCUCAGUGCAGCAGAGACUGUAGUCGAGGGAUCCGGAGCAGGAAGAGGACCUGCAGUAACCCCGAGCCCCGYUACGGAGGUCAGACCUGCCUGGGCCCAGCACAGGAGUACCAGGAGUGUAACAUCACCCCGUGUCCAGUGGAUGGCAGCUGGUCGUGCUGGUCUUCAUGGUCCAAGUGCUCUGUGACGUGUGGAGGGGGACACUACAUGAGGACGCGGACCUGCAGCAACCCUCCACCAGCUUACGGAGGAGACAUCUGCCUGGGUCUGCACACCGAGGAGGCCCUGUGCAACACGCAGACGUGUCCAGAGAGCUGGUCCAGCUGGUCUGAGUGGUCCCACUGUGACUCCAGCGGGCACCAGCUGCGCGUGCGUCACUGCGACGUGCUUUUCCCCACUGGAAACCAGUGUUCAGGAAACAGCAGCGAGAUGAGGGCCUGCUCCCCGGACUCCAACUUUAUACCAGAAGUCUCGAUUGCACGCUCCAGUCAGGAGGAGAGGCGCUGUGGAGACUUUAACCUUUUCCACAUGAUAGCCGUGGGCCUCAGCAGCUCCAUCCUCGGCUGCCUGGUCACACUGCUCGUCUAUUCCUACUGCCAGCGCUACCAGCAGCAGUCCCACGACGCCACCGUCAUCCACCCCAUCUCCGCCGCGCCGCUCAACACCAGCAUCACCAACCACAUCAACAAACUGGACAAAUACGACUCCGUGGAGGCCAUCAAGGCCUUCAACAAAAACAACCUGCUUCUGGAGGAAAGAAACAAGUACUUCAACCCACAGCUUGCCGGGAAGACCUACACCAACGCAUACUUCACCGAYCUGAACACCUAUGAUGACUAUUAACCCUUAACGCCAUGCCACAGAGACCUUUCCCCCGUCGUCCAUUCCGACUGUAAUCUUUUCUUUGUGCUUUGUACUGAGAUUCGUGACACCAUGCGUGGGACAGCCCCGCUGUGAGACUCUAUGGCAGCUGGUAUGUAAUGAAAACAAACAUUUGCCAACAGGGGGAAAAAGCCCAUUCUCUCUCAGGUGCCUUGGGGUACACUUGGAAUACUUAACAUCAUGCUUAGACUCUUCAUUGAGAAAUGGACCACUGGAUCUCCAAUGUGGACAAAAAAAAAAGAUACUGCUAGAAACGAGAUUCUCUUCACUUUUCUUCGGAUGCCUCUAAAACUGAUGUGUAUUUGUAACGAUGGGAAAUAACCACAAAUCGCUUUGCAUGACUUCAUCUGAUUGUGUUUCCUCUGUUGUUCCGUUCAGUUUUUUUGCAUGACGGGUUGCAUUCCAGGGGUUCAGCGGCAGUUUUUGCUUGUCUUGGGUGUCGGUUUUAGUCUUGGAAGUAAAAUAAAAAACAAAGGUAGUGUUAAUGCCCGGCGGCGUUUAGCAUUUACUGCGGCAGUAAACUCCAGAUGAAUCAAUAUCCGCCCACAGUCAUAGAAUCAGGAUGUAGAUAUUUUAAGUCUGUGGUCAAGACUGAUCAUGUUUUCUUUUUUCUUUUGCUUUUUGUUUCUUUAGCAACUAGAAAAAAUUAGCUAUCAAUGUAAAUGUAACUUUUUUUUCUUAUGAUUUUGUACAGAAAAUUAUGUUUAAUGCCUACAUCUGUAGAUUUUCUAAAUACAUUUAUUCAGUGUCUCAAGUGUUKGAAGAACAUGUUCUUUUAAAAAGAAAAAGCUGUUUUACAUGUGCAUUUUAGCAAUUUAUUGGGMGUAUUUCAUCACAUGUCAGGUCAUUGUACCUUUUAUAUAUUUUUUGUAAAAAAAGAAAAGAAAAAUGUUUUUUGAAUUUUGAUAGUGUUAACUCUUAGUUUUAGAGUUSAAUAUGUGUUUGUGAAAGCAGAAUCUUAACAGCAUCGACUCUACAGAUGGAGCAUAGCAAGAAGUGUUUUCUUGAAUCCCAUCCCAUUAACUGUAAGAUUUCUUUUCAGAAAAACCUUUGGGUUGUUCAUCGGUUCAGUUGCAGCUAACUAUUUUUAUAUGUUUGCUUGUGUUGAGUGCAUAAAUUAAAAACUGCUUCCUACAAGA